AGCACCGAGAACAUGGAUGUGUUGGCUAGUUAUAGUAUAUUCCAGGAACUACAGCUGGUCCACGACACGGGAUAUUUCUCAGCUUUGCCCUCCUUGGAAGAGAACUGGCAGCAGACAUGCCUUGAGCUGGAACGCUAUCUUCAAACGGAGCCCAGGAAGAUCUCGGAGAGCUUUGGGGAUGACUUGGAGUGCUUUCUUCAUACCUCCUCUCCUCAAGGCACAGAAGACAAUAUCCAACGGCUGGAUCCCCUCUUGUUACCCAUAGAUAUGAGUACGUGUGACAGAAAUGGCAACAUGGACGUUAUCCUCUCACGGGACAAGCUUCUCUCUGAGACCUGCCUCAGUUUACAGCCUACCAGCUCCUCCACCGAGGGCUAUACUGCCGUUAAUCAGGCCCAACUCAACGCAGUGACCUCACUAACGCCUCCGUCCUCGCCUGAGCUCAGCCGCCAUCUUGUAAAGACCUCGCAGACUGUCUCUCCUGCAGAUGGCACGGUCACGCUGAAAUUAGUGGCAAAGAAAUCUGCUCUCAGCUCAGUCAAGGUCGGUGUAGUGGCACCGGCGAGCACAGCAAAGUGUGCGCUGAGCGACAGUGAGCAAGGAGGGGCAGGGGCUGAUGCAUCCCCCGAAAACAAGAAGAGGGUUCACCGUUGUCAAUUUAACGGGUGCCGGAAGGUUUAUACAAAGAGCUCUCACUUAAAAGCCCACCAAAGGACUCACACAGGCGAGAAGCCUUACAAGUGUUCGUGGGAAGGGUGCGAGUGGCGUUUUGCACGGAGUGACGAGCUCACGCGGCACUACAGGAAACACACAGGGGCAAAGCCCUUCAAGUGCAACCACUGCGACAGGUGUUUUUCAAGGUCUGAUCACCUGGCCCUCCAUAUGAAGAGACACAUCUAAGCACCUGAGAUGGCUCAACGUGGCCCAGAUGCAGUCAAGACCUAAGCAUCCUGGGGGAAAGGGUUAGAAUGGAGUUCUGCCUUUCAGGAGAAAAGAACUUGAUCACAUGUAAACCUCUGUACACACAACCGUGCACUAAAUGCUGUCAACUAUACUCAACGAUGGACAUCCAUUCCUUGCGCCUUGCCCCUCUGGAAGGCAGAAGACACGUGAGAGA